ACUCUAGUAGGAUAUCAGGUGAAACUACUGAACAACUACCAAUAGAGGCUAAUACUGAGACAAGACCUACGAAAAAGUCCAGAAUGGUAGAACCAGUCGAGACUGAUACCCAUCCAGUUAACUUUACCUCUGUAGAUAACCAAAAUGCUUCAACAACACAGACACAAAGUGGGGAUUCUAGCUUACCCCAUCAAAAUGCAGUUGACUAUCAGCCACAGGACACGAGCACUUGGACACAACAGGGCUCUCUGAAAAAAUGA